AUUGAGGGCCUGAAGAAUUUGGAUGCUAGUGACAUAACAAGUGGAUAUUUGGAUACAAUCAUAGAUUGGAUACCUAGCAUGAAAGGUAUUUUUUUGAAGUACAUGCCAACUCUAUUGAGAAAUACAGACCCAAAUGACUUUUUGUUGAAGUUUGUCAUGGAUGAAGCUGAGCGAGCUAAAAAGGCUUCUGUGAUUGUUUUGAAUAAAUUCGAGGAAUUGGAGCAUGAUAUUAUUGACACACUUUUGUCCAUUCUUCCUCCAAUUUAUGCAGUUGGACCAUUACACAUUCACCUAAAUCAGAUUAAGGAUGACGAUUUGAAAUUUCUUGAAUCAAAUCUUUGGGUAGAAGAAUCUGAGUGUCUUGAAUGA